AUGACUACUCUUUCAGCAUCUGCCUGUUGCAACUGCAUAAAAAGAGGCAAGGACAACCCCACCACUGGUGACGGCAAGGCCCCGUUUCAAUCUACUCCCAAUGAUGAGGCUCGCGAUCUCCAGUCCCAUUCAUCCAGCUAUAACCCGUACUCGAUCGAUGAAGCUAAUUGCUACUCAGACUAUUCUGAUAUCCGUGGUGAUAUAUGUCGCGGCGAUGAAAAUGCACCCUUGGCUUUCAUUGUUUUCAUCUCAGAGUCUGUACUUCAAGAGCGGCUGGAGUAUCUGAAGGCUUCGGAGCUGCACAGGCUACGCAGUGUCUUUCGCACAUUCUCCGAGCAUAGAGUUGAUGGACCUCUGGCAUUACCAUACGCGCUCUGUCUGGUAAAGACUCUUCAACAACACGCAGGGCAGCAAUUGUUGAUGAACAGAUUGAAUGAUACCAUCCUUUUCCUCUCCACACGAUUGAGAGGGCUGCUGUCAACACCUCUGUUUUAUACUCAUCGAGGUCGCAUAAGUCGUGCAUCACUUUUACUUCAACGACCGAUGUUCUACAAGCGUUCAGACUUGCCAGGAAAUUUCUGGCAAGAGAGCACUGUUUUGAAUUUCAGCCUGGAUGGCCUAACUGUGACAUUGCUCCUUAGUAAUUAUCACAUUCUCAAAGUGCCUGAUGAGCUUUGGAAGGGGUUCAACUCCUUGACUUCGGGUAUUGCUGAUGCGGCCGUGAUGUUUGGCGUUGGCUAA